AUGGGUUUCCUUGCAGCGUCCACUACUCUCAUGACGUACGGGCUGCAGGCUGGAUGGAUAUCCCCCAUGAUAAAGGUACUGCAGUCCGACGACUCUCCAACCGGCCCCCUGACGGACACUCAAUUGUCCUGGGUGGGCAGUGUCCUGCCGCUGACAGGUACCUUCUGUGUGGCUCUGUACGCGUACAUAGCUGAUGCGUACGGGAGAAAAUUUGGAGUCAUAGCCAUUGCUGCACCUCAAGCGAUAUGCUGGGCAAUAAAACUGACAGCGACCAACCCGACAAUACUCAUCAUAGCCAGGGUCAUGGCAGGCAUACCCGCUGGGGGAUGCUUCAACCUAAUCCCUAUGUACGUGAAGGAGAUUAGCCAAGAUGACAUCAGAGGGUCCGUGGUCUCCAUGUCGUUGCUGAUGCAGAACUUUGGACUGUUAUUCAUGUACGCCAUGGGAAGCUACUUGGGGUAUUACACGGUGCUGUAUAUAGUGAUUGGCAUACCGAUUGUGACAGUGGUGGUGAUGCUGUUUGCUCCAGAAUCGCCUGCUUUUUUGGUUAAGCGGGAACGGUUCGAGGAAGCUGCUCAGACAGUGGCAAGACUCAGAGGCUUAGACGUUGAUAGCAAAAUUGUCAAAAAUGAAAUGGAUCAUAUGAAGAAUGAGGAGGAAAAAUAUAGGUCUCUACCUACAGUAACAUUUUUGAAUAUUUUCAAGAACAAGGCAUGGCGUCGCGGCUUCUUCCUAGUCAUGGCUUUACUAUCAACUCAGUCACUCAACGGCAACUUCACCAUCCUGACGUACGCGUGGACCAUCUUGUCAGAGUCAGGAGUGACAGCCAACCCGGAGCUGACGUCACUGGUCGUGCCCGUGCUGAUGAUUUGCGGAUCCAUAGUGUCGAUGAUGUGUGUGGAGAGGUUUGGGAGAAAGAAGCUCCUGAUCGCCACCUUCUCCAUAACCGUGGUCGCAAUGAUCACCCUUGCCACCACGCAGCUUCUCCGCUCCCAGGGUUGGAUUCCACCCUCUUGGCUGCCAGUGAUAGCCAUAGCAGCUUCAGUUUGGGCAUACUCUGCAGGCGUCACUCCGAUGGUCUUCGUCAUCAUGUCCGAGAUGUUUAGCUUUCAGGUGCGAGCAAAGCUCAUCGGCUGCUUGGUGACGUACGCCUGGUUCAUGUCCUCAACCCAAGUGUCCGUCUGCACACCCAUCGCAAAUGCUUUCGGCAUGUACACCCUUUUCUACAUAUUCGCGGCGAUCAACGUUUUAGGAGCUGUUCUUACCUGUGCGGUCAUUCCAGAGACAAAGGGCAGGAGCAUAGAGGAGAUAGAGCAAAUCUUGACGGCUAAAUAG